AUGUACCUGUAUAAACCAGAGACUAGAUGCAGACUUUUUUUUAAAUACCAAACUAGAAUUUGCCACAUUAUUGUACCUUUGGUGAGAAUCAGCUCCACUAAUGUAAAGUGCUAUAAAGGAUGUGUUCAUCUCCACAGAGGGAAGAGGAAGAGUGGUGUUCCUGUGGAGGAGCAGCUGUCCAGCUGUGCUCUGUGUCAGGACGUCCUGAAGGAUCCAGUCUCUACCAGCUGUGGACACUGGUUCUGCAGACAGUGCAUCGCCUCAUACUGGGAGCAGAGACCUCCAUCAGGAGACCCCUCCUGUCCUCAGUGUGGAGAAAGAUGCAGCAUUGUACAAACAGAACGUGGUCUGCAGGAGGUUUUUGAUGAACAUAGGCUCAGUCUGAGGAGGAGAUGUGAACGUGUGACUGAAGGAACUGAUCAAAGUGAAACCCUCCUCAACAGGAUCUUCACUGAGCUCUACAUCACACAAGGCCAGAGUGAAGAGGUUAAUACCCAGCAUGAGGUGAGGCAGCUGGAGACAGCUUCCAAGAAAGAGACCCUCCAUGACACUCCAAUCAAGUGCCAGGACAUCUUUAAAGCCUUACCUGACCAACAGACUCUCAUCAGAGCGGUCCUGACCAACGGAGUCGCUGGAGUUGGAAAAACCUUCUCAGUGCAGAAGUUCACUCUGGACUGGGCCGAGGGUUUGGGAAACCAAGAUGUCAGUCUGGUGAUCCCGCUCUCCUUCAGGGAGCUGAACCUGAUCAAAGGUGAGCAGUACAGUCUUCUCAGGCUGCUCCAUGUUUUCCAUCCAACCUUACAGAAGGUCACAGCAGAGCAGCUGGCUGUCUGCAAAGUGCUGCUCAUCUUUGACGGCCUGGAUGAAAGCAGACUCUCUCUGGACUUCAGAAACAAUGAGGUUGUGUCUGAUGUCUCACAGCAGUCCUCAGUCAACGUGCUGCUGACAAACCUCAUCAGGGGGAAGCUGCUUCCCUCGGCUCUCGUCUGGAUAACUUCCAGACCUGCAGCAGCCAAUCAGAUCCCUCCUGAGUGUGUGGACAGGGUAACAGAAGUACGAGGCUUCACUGACGCCCAGAAGGAGGAGUACUUCAGGAGGAGAUGGAGUGAUGAAGACCUGUCCAGCAGAAUCAUCUCUCACAUCAAGAGCUCCAGGAGCCUCCACAUCAUGUGUCUGAUCCCAGUCUUCUGCUGGAUCACUGCUACAGUUCUGGACCACAUGUUGACUACAGACCAGAGAGGAGAGCUGCCACAGACCCUCACUGACAUGUACUCACACUUCCUGCUGGUCCUGACCAAGAGGAAGAAGCAGAAGUAUGAAGAGGGACAUGAGACGAGUCCACAGCAGCUGACGAAGGCUGACAGGGAGCUUCUUCUGAAGCUGGGGAGGCUGGCGUUUGAACCUCUGGAGAACGGACACAUCAUGUUCUACCAAGAAGACCUGCAGCGCUGUGGUCUUGGUGUAACUGAGGCCUUGGUGCACACAGGAGUUUGUCUAGACAUAUUUAAAAGAGAGAGUGUGAACUUUGAGAAAACAGUCUACUGCUUUGUUCAUCUGAGCAUUCAGGAGUUUCUGGCUGCAGUCUACAUGUUGCACUGUUACACCAACAGAGACACAGCGGUACUGAAGGACUUCCUGCAGGGAGACUAUAGCAACAGGUAUAACAGAGAUCAGGAUUACCCAUCCCUGGAUGUCUUCCUAAAGAGCGCCAUGGAGAAAUCCCUCAGAUGUAGAAAUGGCCAUCUGGACCUGUUUGUCCGCUUUCUCCACGGCCUCUCUCUGGAGUCCAACCAGAGACUGUUAGGAGGCCAGCUGGGUCGCACAGACAACAGUCCAGGAAUUAUCCAGAGAGCCAUCAGCAACCUGAAGGAGAUGAGAAGUGAUAACAUCUCUCCUGACAGGAGCAUCAACAUCUUCCACUGUCUGACAGAGAUGAAGGACUACUCAGUACAUCAGGAGAUCACAGAGUUCCUGAAGUCAGAGAACAGAUCAGAGAAGCAACUCUCUGUGAUCCACUGCUCUGCUCUGGCCUACAUGCUGCAGAUGUCAGAGGAGGUUCUGGAUGAGUUGGACCUGGAUCAGUACAACACAUCAGAUGAGGGACGACAGAGACUGAUUCCAGCUGUGAGGAACUGCAGGAAGGCCAAACUUUCUCACUGUGGACUCUCAGAGACUGAAUGUGAAGUCGUGGCCUCAGCUCUGAAGUCUGACCCCUCCCAUCUGAGAGAUCUGGACCUGAGUAACAACAGGCUGCAGGAUUCAGAUGUGGAGCUGCUGAGUUCUGGACUAAAGAGUCCAAACUGCAGACUGGAGGCUCUCAGUCUGAGGCGCUGUUGGUUGUCAGAGAUCAGCUGUUCUGCUCUGGUCUCAGCUCUGAAGUCCAACAUCCAUCUGAGAGAUCUGGACCUGAGAGACAACGAUCUGCAGGAUUCAGGAGUGGAGCUGCUGAGAGAUCUUCUGGAGAGUCCAGACUGCAGACUGGAGACUCUCAGGAUCAAUGGUGAGACGAUCAGAGCCAAGAUCCAGAAGACCUGUCCAAGACAGAAAUUAUCCCAGAGAAAUGUCCCAGCAGAGAGCAGAGUCCCUUUGCUCGUCCCAGCAGAGGACAGAGUCCCUGCAGAGAGCAGAGUCCCAGCAGAGAGCAGAGUCCCAGCAGAGAGCAGAGUCCCUGCAGAGGACAGAGUCCCAGCAGAGAGCAGAGUCCCAGCAGAGAGCAGAGUCCCAGCAGAGAGCAGAGUCCCAGCAGAGAGCAGAUUCCCUGCAGAGGACAGAGUCCCUUUGCUAGUCCCAGCAGAGAGCAGAGUCCCUGCAGAGGACAGAGUCCCAGCAGAGAGCAGAGUCCCAGCAGAGAGCAGAGUCCCAGCAGAGAGCAGAUUCCCUGCAGAGGACAGAGUCCCUUUGCUAGUCCCAGCAGAGAGCAGAGUCCCUGCAGAGGACAGAGUCCCAGCAGAGAGCAGAGUCCCAGCAGAGAGCAGAUUCCCUGCAGAGGACAGAGUCCCAGCAGAGAGCAUAGUCCCAGCAGAGAGCAGAGUCCCAGCAGAGAGCAGAGUCCCAGCAGAGAGCAGAUUCCCUGCAGAGGACAGAGUCCCUUUGCUAGUCCCAGCAGAGAGCAGAGUCCCUGCAGAGGACAGAGUCCCAGCAGACGAGUGGCUGCUCUCAGUUCGGAAAGAGUUUAUUACAAGAGUGUCUCUAUCUACCCUGAAGGACCUUCUGGAUAAACUCCUUGAGUCUAAAGUGAUCAGUGAAUCUGAAAUGGAGUCAGCCGGAAGCAAACCCCGAAAUGACGGAGCAAGAGAGGUGGUGGACGUGGUGCGAAAAAAAGGAGUUAAACCCAGCAGGGUUCUGAUCAAAGCUCUCCGAGAGCUGGACCCCCAUCUUUACGAAGAGCUCGACAAGCAAAACCUCGUGGAGUGUGUGACAGCCCCUGCUAGUAUUGCAUGUUGCUGCUGUUAGGGAAAUAUUUUCCAACGCCCAUAACUUUGACCCAGUUUAUCAGUUUAAACUGACUGAGCCAUUUUGAGAAUUGUUUAACUUUUCCCUUUCAAAUUUUGAAAUGACAUAAUGAUUGAUAGUUUAAGUAAUGUAAUUAUGUUAUCAUGCCAUAGUCUUUUGAUUUAAUAUUUAAUGAAGCUAACGUAAAUAUAAUCCUAAAUUGAAGACACUGCAAUUUUGCAGAUUACAGAUUGAUUAGCUCACCCGUGUGAAUUGUAUACCUUAUUUUAAAUGCUUUGACUAGUGAUUGUCUUAAAGUAAAUCUUUAAGCUUUUGAUUUUAUAGUUUGAUAAGUAAGAUUAACUAAUGAUUAAAUGUUAAAAUAUAUUAGUUUAAAAUGUUUGUGUUAUUAUGUGUCUGUGAUUUUCAUGUGUGUUCAUUAUUAUGCUUUUAACAAAAGAUGCUCCAAACACUGACGAGAGAUGAUUUUUCUAUUAGGAUUUGCUGUCUCAAUCAUUGUGAUUGAAUGUUUCAAUCUUAUUGUGUUGUUAUUAAUGUGAUUGAUAUUGUGUAAGCCUACACUCAAUUCCGAAGAUUCUCAUUUAUUAGUGAUUUGAACAAAUGUAUUAUUGGGGUAAAUCAAAUCAAAUCAAAUCAGGUUUUAUUUAUAUAGCACAUUUAAAAGCGAUUUUUGGUCGAGCCAAAGUGCUGUACAUGUAAUAAAAACACAUUGGGGGUAGGUUGUGUUUAUCAAAAUUGAUAAAAAGGGAGGAACUUUUGGGGAAAUAUUUUCCAAGGCCCAUAACUUUGACCCAGUUUAUCAGUUCAUACUGUCCUGACUGAGCACACGCACCUGUAACCUGUUGAGAUCUCCAUAUCAGGUUGAAUAAUUAAAACGAAAGUU